AUGCGUUUCGGCAUCCUGGUCUUCCCGGGAACCUGGAGCGAUACCGACUGCCACCACGCCGUCAGCGGAGUGCUGGGGCAGGAAGCCGACUAUAUCUGGCACAAAGCGGAUAGCGUCGACGGCUACGACGCCAUAAUCGUGCCGGGCGGGUUUUCCUACGGAGACUACCUCCGCGCCGGAGCCAUCGCCAGAUUUUCACCGGUGAUGGGCGCGGUGCGCGACUUCGCCGCCGAGGGCGGUUUGGUCAUCGGCAUCUGCAACGGGUUCCAGAUCCUGUGCGAGGCCGGUCUCCUGCCCGGCGCCCUGCGACGCAACGGACACCUGGAAUACCGCUGCCAGUGGACACAUCUGCGCACGGAAAGAGCAGAUACGCCCUUCACCAGCCGGUGCAGCCAGGGACAGCCGCUGGCCGUGCCCGUGUCCCACGGGGAGGGCAACUACUACGCGGACGCGUCCACCAUCGUCCGGCUGGAGGAGCAGGGGAGAAUCCUGUUCCGCUACUGUGAACCGGAUGGAACGGUGACCGAAGGCGCCAACCCCAACGGAUCGGUGGACAACAUCGCGGGCAUAGUGAACGAAGGCGGCAACGUGCUCGGCAUGAUGCCGCACCCGGAGCGAAGCUGCGAGGCGCUGCUGGGUUCGGACGACGGGAACCUCAUCUUCGGAUCGAUGAUCGACUUCGGAUCAGUGAUCGACUUCGGACCGACGAUCGACUUCAGCUCGACGAUCGACGCCGGAGCCAAUCGCUAG